AAUGUCCGGGAGGAAAAUAACAGACUGAUGCUUUGAAGUGCCUCUUACACCCACCCCCUUUCCCCUCGGCGUUCUCACGUCAGAGCCGCUGGGAGAGGUGAGAGUUGGUGGUGUGACUCUAUGCAGUGAAUGCGUCCAGGCAUUGUGUCCAGCUGUACCACAGCAGCACGCCUGUUGCAGUGUUGUGUCUCUCCAUGGUGCACACAUAGGAUUCCUUCCCAGGUGUGUCUGCCACCCCUCGGGAGCCGCGUAAGCUAUUCAUUGUGCUAAUAUACAACAAAGGAACAACCCCAAGGCAGGGUGUAGGCUACCACUGUACGCGGAGGGCUGCGAGGAAGAGCGGUAGUAGCAUUCAGGUGUUGCACAAGCUUUUGCUGAUGCCUGCCGGGGCUGUGGGGGGAGGGGAGGGGAAGCGGGUACUUGCCACUUAUGUGAUGGUUGUAAGCGUGGGAAGCCGAGUGGCUCUCUCGUUUGUGGAGCUUCUGUUGUCCGUGUCAGUUACAAUAGAGGCUUUUGCUCCAGCCACAAAACAUAAUCGGAGAACAGCUCGUUGGCUUGCUGUUUCUCUUAUUCCGCCCCACUCCCCACAUCUGGGACAGACCUGGUUAUAGUUUCUCUGAACACUUUCCACCGCCGGCUAUGUCCCGAACCAUUUCCUGUGCUCUAAGCUCCGUCCAGAUCGACAGCCUCCAGUUGCAAUGUGCAAUCGGAGACUGUCCACACUAGAUGCCAAAGCAUCGCCUGGUUCUGUCUGAGCCCAUCACGCUGGGCUCAGCUUGUGUGGGGGAGAAAACCUUGCUGCCACCGCAGGUGCUUUCCUGGUCUGCUCUGAGAAGCCUGGCUGAAGAGAUCGGUAACUUUGAGAGAUUUGGAUCUGCUGACUGUUUUACACAAAUUGUUUUCAAGGCAAAAGGUGUCUGUGGAGAUCAAGCGAGGUCCGCGCAUGCGUUGGUCUGUUGGGAAUUAUUGCUCUGCCUUGGACUAAGUUGCAUUCCUUGGAUCUUCGCAGAAAAGCCAAUUCUGCAGACAGAGUUAGGAAUGUGGACAGUUCACAGUCGAGAGUAUUUUGGGAUUCUCUCGUUCCCGGUGAUGAUAGCCAUGGUCUGCUGUGCGCAAAGCGUUAAUGAGCCUAGCAACAUGUCAUACGUGAAAGAGACAGUGGACAGAUUGCUCCAUGGAUACGACAUUCGCUUGAGGCCAGACUUUGGAGGUGCUCCUGUUGACGUCGGGAUGAGGAUAGACAUUGCCAAUAUAGACAUGGUUUCAGAGGUCAACAUGGUGAGUACACGCUCUGCAUUAAACCACAGUUCUGAAAUUGUUACAUUUUGUGCCUGCCCCUUACAGUUCAGUUGGGGGAGAGGAGUCUCAGACUCGUAUCUGUGCUGCUUUUUCUUUCGUGCCAGAGCAAGGAACGAUUCGCGGAGAGCUAAACACGAUGAGUUCUUUUUGGAGACAAGCUGCUGUUAG